UGGCUACAGAUUGUUAAAGACUUCGUUGGGGGUGGAAUCGGAUAUCUCUCAGCCCUAAUUGCAGCGGCGCCUCCAACCAACGCCGACGUCCUUCUCAAAAUUAGUCGCCGCCGGUCCUCCGACGCUCUCUGGAUUUUCUUAAAGCCUGAUCGAAGCCUCCUCGAGUGGAAAUCGUUUCUUCCAAACCCUAUUUGCAUCGCAGAUCAGUAAGAUGUCACUGCAAGAAAGCCUUAAUAGGUUUAAGCAACAACAGGAGAGGUGUCAGUCAACUCUCACAGCUAUAUCGUCUCGUCCAUCUUCAAAGACUUCUAAAUCACACAAAGCAGCACCUAGUAGCAAUUCAUCAGCUCCUUCAAAAGUAUCUGCACCCAUUAAAUUCUCAAAUGAUACAGAAAGGCUGCAGCACAUCAAUGCGAUUAGAAAGUCUCCUGUUGGUGCACAACUUAAACGUGUUAUUGACUUACUCUUUGAGACUAGACAAUCUUUUACACCAGAAGAGAUAAAUGAAGCAUGCUAUGUCGAUGUAAAUUCCAAUAAGGCGCUCUUUGAUAGCUUAAAGAAUAACACAAAAGUAAAUUAUGAUGGGAAGCGCUUCUCUUACAAGUCCAAGCAUGAUCUGAAAGGGAAGGACCAACUUCUUUCACUGAUAAGGAAAUAUGCAGAGGGACUCCCAGUUGUGGAGGUCAAAGAUUCAUAUUCAUCUGUUCUGGAAGACUUGCAGGCUCUAAAGGCAUCUGGUCAAGUCUGGUUAUUGUCCAACAUGGACUCUCAGGAAGACAUUGUUUACCCCAAUGAUCCAAAGGUAAUCAUAAAGGUGGAUGAUGAAUUAAAGCAGCUUUUCCGGGGGAUAGAGUUGCCAAGGGACAUGGUUGACAUCGAAAAGGAGCUUCACAAGAAUGGCAUGAAGCCAGCUACCAACACUGCCAAGAGGCGGGCCAUGGCAGAAGUUCACGGCAUCACUUCCAAGCCUAAGCCAAAGAAAAAGCGCGAGAUUACACGCCGUACCAAGUUGACGAAUGCCCAUCUCCCGGAGCUCUUCCAGCACUUGAAUUAGCCAAAACUGCACCCUGUAUCAGUUUCGGGGCCGAGAUGAUUGAUUCCUAAAUUCAUGCUUAAUGCAGAGCUUCUUUCAAUUAUUAAGACUAACGUGGGACUUGGAUUUGAGUAUAUAUAUACUCCCAUGUUGAAAAAGUGAUGCACGGACUUAAUAGUCAAGGUGGUGGAAUUAUUAAUAUUCUACUAGUCUGUGUUAUUUGUUACAUUGGUGGAGUGCUGUUUCAGAGUCAUAAAGUAUGUAAAAUGGUUGAGUAUUCGUUUUUUCAGAAUUAUAAAUGCCAAUGAGUAUCAUUAAGAAUC